CUCCACAAGGCCAAGCAGAACGUCAACGGCAGCUUCUCGAUCGGCAAGACCUGGUCCCUCGACGACCUCCAGCGAGUCGAGGUCGGCAAGCCCCUCGAGUUCACCCUGAUCAUCAACAGCAAGACGUACCGCUACGAGACCGAGCUGCCGUCGUCGCACCAGGCCCAGUUCCUCGUUACCCUCGUCCGCGCCGGUCGCCCGCCCGUGUCGCCCUCGGGCCCGAUGCCGCUGUCGGCCGUGAGCCGCAAGGCGGCCGAGGAGCACAUCGACGACGACGCCGUGCUCGCCAACGUCGAGGAGAUGCUCGAGGGGUUCGAGUGGCGCGGGACGGGCGGGCUCGGGUUGGGCUUGGACGGCGUCGCCGGUGGGGGAGGCGGAGGAGGGGCGGGCAGGGGCAAGAGCAAGGCGGACGAGAUCGAGAAGCGGCUCGUUGGCGAACUCAAGGCGCUCGAGGCGGCCUCGAUCCACGCCAUCAUGGAGUCGGACGACCGCGUCGUCGGCGUCGUCAAGCAGCUCGACGAUGCCCUCGCAGAGCUCGACAAGAUGGACCUCAUGAUCGGCCUGUACAAGACGCAGCUCAACCUCAUGACGGACGACAUCGCGCACAUCGAGUCGCAGAACCGGGGCCUGCAGGUCCAGACGUCCAAUCAGCGCGCGCUCCUCUCCGAGCUCGACAAGCUCAUGUCGACGAUCCACAUCCCCGACCACGACCUGACGGCGCUCGCGCAAGAGUCGCUCGAGAGCCAGCAGGGCAUCGAGAAGCUCGAGCGCAGCGUCGUGUCCCUGUACAAGGCGCUCCUGAGCACUCGCGACACGGGCGCUCCUGUCGGCGACAUGGCCGCCGCGUCCGAGCGGGUCGGCGAGUACCGCGCCAAGGCGCAGCAGUUCUCAAAGCGCGUGUUCGACUUCCUCAGCAUCAUGUUCAAGUUUCAGGUCGACCAGGUCCUCAACCCCAAGGACGCCGGCGCCGCCGCGCGCGACAAGGGCCGCCUCAAGAGCCACGCCGCCAUGGAGGACUUUCUCGGCCGGUACUGCGGGUUGAUGCUCUUUGUCAAGGAGAUCGACCAGCAGCGGUACCAGCUCAUCUGCAGUGCCUACUUCACGGCGAUGAGCGACCUGCACCGGCAAGAGAUCCAGGGCCUCAUGAACUUGCUCAAGAGUCAGGUCAAGAAGGCGACCGACGACGAGCUCGAGGCCAUACUCGUGCGCGCAGGCUUCGUGAUCAAGGACAGCCCGACGAUGCGGCAGCAGUCGAUGCGGCGGGUCGGCACGAUCGCGCGCGCACCGCUCGAGGGUGGCAAGAAGGACAAGGACAAGGACGGCAAGCUCACGGGCAGCGAGGCGUUCGCUCAAGCGCUCCACCAGGUCACGCCGCACCUCGCUCGCGAGCAGGGCUUCAUCUCGGACUUUCUCCACAUCAACCCGCUCGACGCGUCCAUCACGUUCGCCGACUACAUGUCGCUCGAGACGUUCUUCCGCCGCGGCGCGACGAGCUACCUCGCGCAGCAGGCGCAAAAGGGCCAGCUGCGCGACAUCCGGUCGGCCAUGGAGGUCGUCUUUGGGUUCCUUGAGGGCGAGAUGCGUGACUGGAUCGACGCCGUGCUGCAGAAGGACUCGGCCCAGAUCGUCGGCAUCCUCGCCGUCCUCGACCGGUUCGUGCUCCGCGCCGACGAGGGCAACAACGAGUUCUUCAAGCGCGUCCUCCAGAAGCAGUACCAGCGGUCCCUCCUCGCCCUCGAGCGGUCCUGCAAGGAGCAGAUCCGCAGCAUCGAGCAGACCAAGCUCACGCUCAAGAAGCGCAAAGGCGUCGUGCCCUUUGUCCGGGUCUUCCCGCUCUUCGUCGCCCGCAUCGAGGCGCAACUCGACGGCGCCGACUCGCUCAACAUCCGCCAGGUCAUCGACGGCCACUACGAGCGCAUCGUCGCGUCGAUCUUCGACUGCCUCCAGCAGAUGGCCAAGAUGGACGGCGAGGGGCAGGGCACCCAGGGCGAGGGCAAGGACCAGCUCAACUACCACGUCAUCCUCAUCGAAAACAUGCACCACAUCAUCACCGUCUUCUCGACCAAGCAGCGCGUCGUCGCGCUCGGGCCCUUUGUCUCGGCCGCUCGCGCCAAGUACGACCAGAACCUCGCCGCCUACAUCCGCCUCAUCUUGCGCCGCCCUCUCGCACGUCAACUCGACUGGUUCGCCGGCCUCGAGCAGCUCCUGCGCACGACGCCGCCGACCGAGGUGUCGCUCCACUCGGCCUACACGCGCUCGUCGCUGCGCCGCAUCACGGCCGAGACCCGCGCCAAGGACCUGCGCAAGGCGAUCGAGGCCCUGUACAAGCGCGUCGACAAGCACUUUGGCGCCGAGGUCGUCAACCAGGCGGCGCAGCAGAAGGACGUGCUCAAGACGGUGUGGAAGGCGUGCGAGGACGAGCUCGUGAGGCUCGUCGCCGAGUGGAAGGCGCUCAUCGCCAAGUGCUACCCUGUGCGUCCUCGCCCUCUCUUCCCUUCCUCCUCUCUACGUCCUCAUCUCGGCGUUGACUGA